AUGGAGGGAGCCAGCGUCACCGCCUUCGUCACGAUUCAGAAGAUCUACUACCCGCUGCUUUGCAUCAUGGGUAUUCCAGCCAACCUCUUCACAUUCUACAUGAUCUGCUUCCAUAAAUGUGGGAUGUCCGACACUGCCAUUGUUUACCUGAGCUGUCUGGCCAUAGUGGACACCUUCUACCUGGUGUGGGUGAUCCUGAUUGACCUCACCCUCACCUUCUGGCUUCUGCAACCCUUCUGGCACUCCAAUCCCAUGUGUGGUAUCCUGGGGUUCCUGCAGUAUGGAUCCCUCUACAGCUCCUCCUGGAUCGUGGUGGUGUUCACCAUUGAGCGCUACCAGGUCUUGCGCAGCACAGCGGCCAAGCAGCACUUCUCCCAGGCUCGGGUCACCAGACUGACCUGUGUGGCUAUUGUCCUGGUGUCACAUCUUGUCUCAGUCCCCCUGGGCUGGAUCAACGUAGCCUCACCUGUGAACCUGACUGUGGAUGGAGAGAACAUGACGCUGACCAGGUGUCAUUACCGGGAUCGGGCCUACACUACUAUCAUUGUGUGGAUAACCACCUUCCUCUCAGGGGGAGUACCCAUAGCACUGGUCAUCAUCUUCAACUACCUCAUUGGGUACCAUCUGUGCCGUGCAAGCAACCUCUUCACCAAGGAGGAGCGCCGCGUCAUGCAUGGGAGGAGCUCCAGGGGCAUGUUGAGGAGGACCAUCCUGCUUUUAGGAACCGUCUCCAUGGCCUUUGUUGUGCUCAGCCUACCCCGCUUUGUCACAUACUGCUUCCUGAGGACCAAGUACAACACAGACUACUUUGACAGGAACGACUACAGCAUCCCCAUCAAUGUGGCAGGAGAUCUGGCAAACAUGCUGCAGAACCUCAACUCCACCACUAACUUCCUGCUCUACUGCAUGGUCAGCCGACGCUUCCGGCGUGAGCUGGUCCAGGUGGUGACUUGUAAGGAGAAGGCACGUGAGCUGGGCUCUGUUCUCAUCCACACCACCAUGAAAGUCUUCUCGGUUGUAGAUCAUAAGGCCAUACCGUCCAGCGACAACCGUCCAGUGGUGUUGACCAACCUCAAACAGACAGAGUGA